AUGAGUGAUAUACAAAAGACCUGGUGGCAGCAAUGGAGAGGGCAUUCUGGGUUGAGGUGGGGCAGGGCAAAAGAGUACUGUAUGGGGUCUGGAGGGGCAGUGGCUACACUGAAGGGCCCUCCUCUCCCUCUCAGAACCACUCAUGAUCCCUACACUCGGGCAGAGGAACAUGUGCUCAUCAACCGCCAUGACAUCACAAGUAGAAAGGAUGCCUGGGACAUGCAGGAGUUCAUCACUGGCAUGUAUGUCAAGCAGUUGCUCCAGCACCCUGCCUUCCAGCUGCUGCUGGCCGUGCUGCUGGUGAUCAACGCCAUCACUAUUGCUCUCCGCACCAACGCCACCCUUCACCAGCAACACUAUGAGUUGUUCUCUACCAUAGAUGACAUUGUGCUGUCCAUCCUUAUCUGUGAGGUUCUCCUUGGCUGGCUCAAUGGCUUCUGGAUUUUCUGGAAGGACGGCUGGAACAUCCUCAACUUCGUUAUCGUCUUUUUCUUGCUCAUGGGGUUCUUCGUUAAUGAACUCAGUGUCAUCUCUAUCAACUAUACCCUCAGGGCGUUACGUCUGAUACACGUGUGCAUGGCAGUGGAGCCCUUGGCCCGGAUCAUUCGUGUCAUCCUGCAGUCUGUGCCUGACAUGGCCAACAUUAUGGCUCUCAUCCUCUUCUUCAUGCUGGUGUUCUCCGUGUUUGGGGUUACACUUUUUGGUGCGUUCGUGCCCAAGCAUUUCCAGAACAUGCAGGUUGCCCUGUAUACUCUCUUUAUCUGCAUCACCCAGGAUGGCUGGGUGGACAUCUACAGCGAUUUCCAGACGGACCAAAGGGAGUACGCAAUGCAGAUUGGGGGCGCCAUCUACUUUACCAUCUUCAUCACCAUCGGUGCCUUCAUUGGCAUCAACCUAUUCGUCGUCGUGGUGACCACCAAUCUGGAGCAAAUGAUGAAGGCAGGAAAGGAGGAGCGACAGAAUCAACUAAAGUUUAAUGAGAUGGGUUCGGAGGAAGAGAAAGAGAUAGGAACCGAGCUGCCACUGGUGCACUGUCUAGUCGCCCGCUUGGAGAAAGCUGAAGUUCCCCAGGAACCGCUCAUGGGGGGUUUCCUAUCAAACCUCUCUGAAAACACCUGCGACAACUUUUGCUUGGUGCUUGAGGCAAUACAGGAGAACUUGGUGCAAUACAAGGAGAUCCGAGAGGAGCUCAACACGAUCGUGGAGGAGGUGCGCUCCAUCCGCUUCAACCAGGAGCAGGAGGAGGAGAGGCUGCACAAACGCGUGUCCAUGAGCCUGUCGGUCGAGAGUGGGUCCUCCUUGGACAUCCGCAAGAUGUCUCAACAGCAAGACUUGCUCACUGCGCUUGCUAACAUGGAUAAGGUUCAUGAGUCUAACACAAAUGUACUCCUUAACAAACACAAGAACAGCCGCUGAGACGCCGAGAUGGGAGCCAAGAGGCCUGCAUACAUCCAGCCACUGCAUCUUCCUGCAUCCCUAGAAUGGCUUGGCACAGCCUGGCCCAAGUCCAUCCUCUCCCUUACACCUGGGCAGAGGCCAAGGGCUGUGAGGGUGGCAGCGUCUGCUGGGUGAGCCCCAGGUCCAGAGG